AUGAUAAACUCUUCAUAUGUUUCAUAUUUCAUACUUGCUGCUUACUUUGACACUGAGUCAUUUAAAUAUUUAUAUUUCCUGCUCAUUUUGUCUUUGUAUGUUUUCAUAGUUUGUGCCAAUCUUUUACUGAUUGUGGUUAUCUGUAUUGACAGAAGCUUACAUGAACCUAUGUACCUUUUUCUGUGCAGCCUGUUUGUAAAUGAACUGUUUGGUAGUACAGGGUUGUUUCCAUUCCUUCUGGUUCAGAUCCUCUCUGACAUUCACACUGUUUCUGCUCCCUUCUGUUUCCUGCAGAUGUUCUGUGUGUAUACUUAUGGCGGUCUGUGUGGAAACAUCAUUAAUAUAGUUUACUGUGACAACUAUUCCAUCAUAAAAUUGGCUUGCUAUGACACAAGAGUUAAUAAUGUCUAUGAACUUGUUGCUGCUUCUCUAAUAUUCUGUGUUCCUGUAUCUGUAAUCUUUUACACUUACAUUAAGAUCCUUAAAGUGUGUUUUUCUGGUUCUAAACAGACCAGACAGAAAGCUGUCAGUACCUGCACACCUCACCUCGCUUCUCUACUCAACUUUUUCUUUGAUCAGAUUUACACCCAUGCCUACUACUAA